CAGCUAGGCUGCCCGGUGUUUGCUUAGUAACCUAGCGGAGUGGCAUGCUGUUGCGUGUGCCAGAGCAGCCUGUCGGGAGGCGUUGCAGGUGGUUGCGUCGCUGUGGAAGCCUCUCCCAGGUAAUCGAACACUAACCUCAACCUGACCCCACGUACCUACUUCACCUUGCUGUACAUUAUUCGCACAGUUGACGCGACCCGGACUCUCACAACUGCCUCUCACAACCCUCGAAUUUGAACCUGAGUUGCCGAUGCCACUUUGACUUGCAAACGUUUGUGUUGGGUGUGAGCACCUGCUUCCCACUCACUCCUCGCUCUGCUCGACCUCCAUCCCGACACAGGGGCGACCCACUCGCCAUGGCUGCUCCCGCUGACGCAAAGAGAGAAAUCGAGCUCAUCGAGAAAGUCGAAUGGCGGAUUCUCUCAGCUUCUUCCGACGAAGAGAAGCUUCAAGGCCUUCUGAAGGUCUAUCUGACUCCCUUGCUGCUCAAAGCCGGCAGUGAGCAUGUCUCGGUCAGAAACAAGGUUAUUUCCACCUGCCAGACCAUCAAUAAACUCGUCAAGUCACCAGGCAUCGUGUUGCCCGUUCCCUCUCUGCUGGACCAGUACAAGGCCACAGAACAACCCCUUGUCCGGCACUUUGACCUGGUUUACAUUCAACACAGCGUCGGGAAGCUGGACAGGGAUGAACAGCGUGCCCUCGUCCCGAAGGCAUUCCGCGGCAUCAGCAAUGGCUCAACAUCCUCCAUCAGCCGACUCUUUAACGUCACUCUGCGCAUGCUCCCUGCCGUCAAAAUCCCGCCACGUGGAAGUAAGGAGGAUGUUGACUUCCGAGAAGCCAUGGGCUUGGCGAAUCCUGAAGAUGCCCGCUUCGUCGCCUCGUGGUUCGGGAAGCUUCUGCUGCUCCGCGUAAACGCGACGAGCUCAGCCGAGUCACCCGGCUUGACUGACGCAGAUAUCAGUUUCCUCACUCUUGACAAGCCAGGGACCUGGGACCCUGCGGCUGGAGGAUUGAACCUGCCCGAAACUCGGAUCCAGGUGGCCAACUUGCUAGCCAGCGGUGCCUUCACUGAUAAGGAACGGUUCAUACCCGCCAUUUACACCGCGUCAAGUUCCGACUACCGCGUCUCGGGGGUUGGGGAUGACCUGCUGAAGCGCAGUUCCGUCUCGCUCGAAGACCAAGACUUGGUCCAGAAGCUGUUUGAAGCGCACUCCAGGCUCCCUCCACCGUACCGGAUCCGCAUCCUUGGCGUUCUCAGCAAGUCGGAAACGGCGACCACAUUCACCGACGACAUCCUUGCCGCCUUUCGCCGAAAUAUCGCCAGUCAAGCCGAGGUAGGUGACGCCAUGCAGAUUGAUGGCCAGACUUCAACCGCAAAGCCCACUGGCCUUGAGCUGAACAAGCUCCAUCGCGCCCUGUUCGAGUUCAUCAACUGGGUUGCUCGUAUCGGGCCGACCAAAACCGAUUACAACAAGAUAGGUCCUCCCCUGGUUGAGCUGCUCAAAGACUUCAUAAAACGACAGGGUUGGCCGAAGCCCGGGCGCCUGUCGCUUGACGAGAGCGUGUUGCGCUCCAGGGCGUACGAGACCAUUGGAAUCCUUGCGAAGGGGGCCUCUAUGUCGGAGCACGACCGCCUGGCCUUGGCUGGCUGGUUGUUUCGUUCCCUCUCAGAAGACCCAACCCCAGAUGUUGUCGUCAACAUUGAUGGCGCCCUGUCAAGCCUCACAAGCCUGUUCAAGCCUCCACACAGUUUCAUCGUCAACAGGCAACUACAAUCCAUUCUCCUGACCUACAUGACGCUGAAGGAUGACGAAGGUGACGUCGUCCGGAGUGCGCGGCAUGCAGUGACGAAGUGGGCAAACCACUGUUUGCCAUUCUCUGACAUCUAUGCCCGUUGGAUCGAUAUUCUCGCCAUUGCCGGUCGUCCUGACGAGCGCAGCGACGUAGUCGAGGAAGGUCACAAGGGCCUGGAUCCUUGGGCAUAUUACGCUAACGACCACAAGUCGCGAACCCUGCCAGACUGGAAGGAGAUGGUCCAGAUGUUCUUCAAAGAGUCCAUCACUCCUUUGAACGCCUCUCCGAUUUGGGCUCGGGGCCCAAGAAUGGAGGUCGACGACAGGGGUGUCUCCAUCAACUUCCCUGCCGAAUCACUUCCAGCAUUCCCCGUUGCCGUCGAGUUUUGCAAACGAAUUCUGUUCUUGACCGCACUCAAGGAUUUCCUCGUCGAGCCAGGGUGGGAACGGCGGCUGGAAGCACUAUUGCAGUCUGACCUGGCCAGCCGCCAAACAAUACGGGGAUACCUGUUUGCCUUCCCCCGCCAAGAACACGCUCUCUUCCACCUCCUCCGCGCUACGUUCGAAGGCAUGAUCAAGGAGGACGUUAAGAUUGCUGAGCCGUGUGCCAGAGCGUUCGUGGAUUUGGCGUCUUUGUCGCCGAAGGCCGUCCUAGAGCCUCUGGCAUCCCGCUCACUGGAGCUGUUACCUCUCGUCAAGUCGAACAAGAAGGAACUCCGUGCUCUCGGGUCGAAGGCCUUUGGAAUCCUUGCAGCUCACCCGUCUAAUCCUGCCGAGUUCAUCGCCAGGGUCAGGGAGACAUUGGUUGCCAUCACCAAGAACCUCACAACGGCGGUAGGAUCGGAGCUCAACGCCGUCGAGGGCGCAUUCCUUGCUCUCGCUCACCUCAGCUCCAGGUGCAUUUACUACUCUCCAGAAUCGAGCGCUAUUGUUGGUGCUGCUAUUGACGGGAUAUUCCCGACUCUCGACUCUGUUUCCUCCUGCACAAUGUCAACUCAGGAAAUCCUGUUCGAAGCGUACUCUCAGCUUUGGACUGCCGCCAUCCCACCUGUACCAGCAAACGAAAUUUCCCAAGAGAACAUGGCUGACCUUCUCUCAAAAGCCUUUAUCGAGCCGCUCGUCAGCCAUGCAAAGAAGGGCAAUGAGAAAGCCAUCACCGGUCUGGGAAGGCUUGCCAUCUCAAUUCCAGCAACGGAGGCACUCGACCCCAACACGCCGGAUGACGUUCUUGGUUCAAUCCUCGACAAGCUGUACUCGCUGUACGAUAUCAAACAGGCUCAGGUGCACUUCGCUGUGGGGGAAGCCAUUGCAGCAGCGAUCGCAUGUUGGGACGCUGAUGUGAUCAAACUUACUGUCGAUGUACAGGCCGAAGAAACCGGGUUCGGCGUCUCCAAGCGUCCAGUGCGUCUGGCUGCCGUCCUAAAGAAGCUUCUGAUGGACUGCAAGACCACCAAGCCAUCCUUGUUGAAAGCUUCUGGCAUCUGGCUGUUCUGCGUAAUCCAGCACUGCUCACACUUGUACGAGGUCCAGUCCAGACUCCGAGAAUGCCAGGUCGCUUUCAUGCGGCUUCUCAGCGCAAGAGAUGAGCUCGUCCAGGAGACUGCGUCACGAGGUCUGGCCUUGGUGUACGAGAAGGGCGAUGCGGCUCUCAAGGGCGAACUUGUCCGCGACUUGGUGUCGUUCUUCACCGGCUCGGCGCCUCAACUCAAAGUGGACCAAGAGACCGAGCUCUUUGAUGCUGGCGCUCUCCCUACCGGCGACGGCAAGUCCGUCACUUCGUACAAAGACAUUGUGAGUCUAGCGAACGAAGUCGGCGACCCGAGCCUGGUUUACAAGUUCAUGUCGCUGGCUACCAACGCCGCGACAUGGUCAACCCGGUCCGCCUUUGGGCGCUUCGGACUCAGCAAUAUCCUGGCCGAGUCGGAGAUUGACCCAAAGCUUUACCCCAAGCUGUACCGCUACCGCUUUGACCCAAACCAGAACGUCCGACGCUCCAUGAACGAUAUCUGGAAAGCAUUGGUGAAAGACCCAAACGCUGUCAUGGAGACACACUUUGAUAGCAUCAUGAAGGAUUUGCUGAAGAGUAUCCUCGGCAAGGAAUGGCGAGUCCGCGAAGCUAGCUGUGCCGCCAUCUCCGACCUCGUUUCGGGGCGGUCGUUUGAGAAGUACGAGCGGUACUACAAGGAUAUCUGGUCUGCCGCGCUGAAGGUGCUUGACGACGUCAAGGCAACGGUUCGGAACGCGGCACUGCACCUCUGCAUUGCACUCUCUACAACACUUGUCCGGCAGCUUGAAGAAUCAGGCUCAACCGCAACGGCAAAGGCCAUGAUGAACGAGGCCCUCCCCUUCCUGCUCUCCGACAAAGGCAUAGAAAGCGGCGUUGAGGACGUCAAGAUCUUCGCCACUAUCACGGUCAUGAACAUCGCCAAAAGCGGCGGCGACGCAAUUAAGCCCUACAUACCCACCCUGAUCCCCCAAUUCCUCGGCCUCCUGAGCACCAUUGAACCCGAGGCCAUCAACUACCACUACCAGCGGGCAGGCGAGGAUAACCGCGAGAAGAUCGACAAGCUUCGCAGCGCCAUGGUAUCGCGCAGCCCCAUCGUCGAGGCCAUCGAUAACACCCUGCGCAGCGUUGACUCAACUGUCAUGAAAAACUUGGCCCCAAGACUUCUAGAAUCCAUCAAAUCCGCCCUCGGCAUGCCCACCAAGCUCGGCUGCGCCCGCGUCCUCUCGACCCUCUCAACCCGCCACGCCCUCUCCUUCGCCCCUUACUCCCCGACCUUCGUCGCCCUCAUGGAGAAGCAGAUCCUCGACCGCAACGACGAAGUCAGCCAGAACUACGCCCGCGCCGCGGCGUACCUCAUCCGCAUCGUCCCGGACCCGGAACCCAAGACCCGUUACGCCGACCGCCUCGUUGCCCUGUACCUCACCUCCGAGGACGAAACCCGCCGCCAGAAGGUUGCCGACGCCGUCCUUGCCCUCUCCAAAAUCUCCCCGGACCACUUCAGCGCUCUCGAGACGAACCUCCUGCCCUUUGCCUUCCUCGCCCGCCACGACACGGACGACUACGUCCGCAAGGAGGCACAGGAGGUCUGGGACACGCACGCUGGAAGUUCCGGUCUGACCGUCGUGCGGUACCUGACCGAGGUUGUCGUGCUGGUAGAGCGGUGUCUAGGUGCUGCUCAGUGGGGCAUCAAGCACACGGGCGCGCUGGCCGUGGCGUCGGCUGUGGAGGCAGUUGUGGCCGCCGGCGAGGCGUCGGGCAGGGUGAAUCUCGAGGGGCUGAAGGUGCUGUGGCCUGUGUAUGACAGAGCGCUGGCGCUCAAGACGUUUGAGGGGAAGGAGAGGCUACUGAAGCCGUUGCCUGGGUUUGUCAAGGCUUAUGGGGCUCGGUGGAAGGAGGAUGCGAAGAUGGCGGAGCUGUUGAGGAAGGUUGUUGUGCGGGAGGCGAAGAGGAACAAUGACGCGUACCGGCCGCAUGCGUUUCAGUGUUUGUGGAGGGUGGCGGCGGUGCGCGACGACCUGGAGAUGGUGGGAGAGAUUGCGGAGAUUGUGGGGGGAUAUUUGGUGGUGGAGGAGGCAGAUGAGGAUGUCAUGGACGUGGACCAGCCCAAGGGGGUCAGCAAAGGGAGGAGCAAGGGCCUGGAUCUCAGGAGCCUGACCGUUUGGGCUGCUAUGGAGGCCAUCUUGAAGGGGUAUAACCGGGUGACUAUGAAGCAGGAUCCAAUGUCGACCCUGCGAGAGGUAGUGCUGGCGCUGGAGUCGGCUGCUGGUGGUCAGUCCAAGUCACUCAACGCCGCAUCGCCCUACGUCGCGAGGCACGAAUUCCAGACCAUCAGACGUACAUUCUGGUAUGACUGCGUCAAGGAAGUGAUGGAGGAUGCAGUCGGCGAGGUUAUCGUUCAUGACGGUAACGCGAGCACCCUGGUUGGACAGCGGGAGGUUGUCAAGUGGUUCUUGAACACUCUCGACCUGGGCACCGACGACACCGGCACAGAGAAUCAGCGGAUGGCCAGGGUCAAGGCAGUCAGGGCUACAUUACGACUAGGGAAGGCAGGCGCCGGACUUUCCGUCGAUAAUGGAUGGAGGGCGGAAAUUAGGCGUGUUGUUGAUGAGGCUUUGGGGAAGGAGAGGUCGCUUGAGGUGCAAAAGGUUUGGAAGGAGUGUUUGGAGCUGUUGAGUACUUGACACGUACCUGAACUGAUCCAAGCAAGCGCAGAGGGUAUGGCGUUCCGUCUGUUCAUAUGCACUUUAAGUCACGGGGCGGUAUUGGACGUAGUUCCAGGCAGUGCAAUUCCGUCUUGGGGUUUGAUGCUUCUGUCUUUGAUCACGGCCCCGUUCUGAGUGCACCGGUCUCAACCAUUCCUGGGAAAUAUCCGGGCACAAGAGAGACUUGAAGAACAUCUACAGUACAGUACAGCAUUUUUGGCAACAUGUUAAGCGUGAAGGCACUGAAGAAGGUUGGCUUUGACUCUAGAUCAAGAGCUCUCGUUAAUGCUACGAUAUACGUG